AUGGCGGCCAUGACCAAAAGAGGAAAAACACUCACCGCCGCCAUCAAGGAGGAUCAUGGGAAGAUGCAUGAAUACUAUAAUCAUUAUAUUAAAGCCAGCGGAAAUACGGACGCUCAGGCUCGCUGGUCUCGGCAACUCACUUGGGAAAUUGCUCGCCAUGCGGUAGGGGAAGAAAUCGACAAAGGAUUCAAGUUGGCCGAUGAAGACCGCAAUGACCAUCAGAUAUAUCUCCCUCUCCUUGAGUCUGUGCUCGGUGUCGAGGAUAGUAAGAAGACAGCUAGCAGCUUCCGAACAACCAAAAAGCGCCCAUCCUUCUGUGUCUACGAGCCACCAUAUGAAACCUUCCUCGGAUUCCUCGCUAUGCCUACUGGUAAGUUCAGGGAUAUGUUCUCGACAUUUCCGACUGAGGAGAUGAAGGAAAAAGAGUAG